CUCAUUCUCAGUAUAUAUUAAUUGAAUUAUAUUCUUUCAACAAAUCAGCGCAGUAGCGAAGUGGAAACGCGCAGGGCUCAUAACCCUGAGAUCCCCGGAUCGAAACCGGGCUGCGCUAAUUUUUUUGUUCUCACCGUCGACUAAGUACUGCAUACAAUGAAGCCUCGAUUUAAGACACGUAACUUGAUCUACUCGUUAUCGAUAACACAACAGUAACAAUGGCCCUCCAAACUCCAAAGCAAAGAGCUGCUAAUGCCAAAUUUGCCAAAAAGAACACCAACAAGCAAGGUAAACCAAGAGAUGUGGCUGUGAAAACCGAAUUUCCAUUGCCAAAGUCCUGGAUCUUCGUGUUAUUGUUCUUAGUUUGUGGAGGUGCUGUCUUGGAGCUCAUUAGAUUCUUCUUUUAGGAGCAGGUCAUCCUAGCUGGCCAUCCGUGCCUGCCUCAUCUUGUCUGUACUAUACUCAAUACUACAAUCGGUUUCAUUUUUCAUUUAUAAAUCCCUUCCAGUAAAUCAAACGUGUAAACAUAUAAAAAGGAGUGAAAUUCGCUCCUGGUGUAGCUGCUAGGACCACUAAACAUUCACCAACGGCUUAUCUGGUGCAUCCUCCUCUUGAUCUAUGUAUAUAUUCUUUAUCUCGGAAUAGCUGUUGUCGUAGCAUUGCUCUUCCUUAUCUGUAUCUUUUCUUUUAUCGACAUGUAUCUUUCUACCUGGUAAUUCGUUUCCAAACUCUUUAAAUACUUCGAAGAACAAAUCUCGAUCAUCACCUUCUCCGUCGAAUUCAAAAGUUUCGAAUACAAUGUUUGAGCUGU